AGAUUGGUCUGAGAGGUGGAGGUGGGUCCUUCCAGCCGUCCAGAUCUGGCAACGUUGCAUCAGGAGGGAUGGCGGCCUCCAUGGUGGGUGUAUGUAAACACCUGCGACUCUUGAGACUUUGUGGAUGCAGUAUGGCAGAAUUAUGGGUCCCCCUCUCGUGGAGCAGAGGGCCAGGGGUUCAGGUAGCAGCAAUGACUAUCAAAUCUCGGCAUCAUCUCUCCAGUGCCCUUCAGGUACAAAGAUACUACAGUGCAACACCCCCACCUCAGAGACCACCAACUUUCUUUGGAAAGAUAAUUGAAAAUUUUAGAGAAGAGAUGAAUCGAAAUCAGAAGAUGAAAGAAAGUUUAAAAGAGUUUAGAAAAGACAUGGAGAAAUUGGAGAAGUCAGAAGCACUGCAAAAAGUCAGAGAAAAGUACCAAACUGUUGAGGAGGAAACUGCGGAAGGGGGCAAAAAGGCCAAGCAACAAUUCUAUACGAUCAAAAAGCGUGUCGCCGAAACUGUUGAAGAAGCACAGAAAGCAGAAAUUCUUCAAAAAGCAUCCAGACUUACCGAGGAAGCCUCUAAACAGGCCCUGAAAGUUGGCCAGACGAUAUCUCAAAAAGGCGAAGAACUUAGUAAAUCACAGACUUAUAAAACUAUCUCUGACACAGCAAAAGCGGUAAAGGAGGAAAUUGAUCAUUCGACUUUUGGGGGGGCUGGCACUAGAGUAUAUAGAGCCCCAGUUACAUUACGCAAGAGAGUUCAGCGAGACCCUGAUACUGAGAAAAGAAUUAUCCAGGCCAAUACUGAAGCAAGAGGAGUAACACUUCACAAGGAUUCCCAGUUUGCUCAAAGCUGGCAGAACUUUAGAGACAACAAUCCAUAUAUCAACAGAGUGCUGGUGUGGAAAACCAAAUUGGACGAGAGUGAUAAUCCUGUCGUGCGAGCUUCAGUUCUCCUUAAGGAUAAGGUAACUGAAUUAUUUGGUGGCGUCUUCCAGCGUACAGAAUUAUCAGAAGUCCUCACCGAAAUAUGUAAAAUGGACCCAACUUUUGACAAAGAGCGAUUUCUGUUAGAGUGUGAAUAUGAUAUGAUUCCUAAUGUUUUAGAGGCAAUGAUUCGACCAGACUUAGAGGUACUGCAAGAUUGGUGUUAUGAAAGAGCAUAUUCAGUCAUUGCAACUCCAGUAAAGCAAGCCUUUCAGCUAGGAUUUACCUUUGAUUCUAAGAUUUUAGAUGUGGACAAUGUUGACUUAGUUAUGGGAAAAGUGAUGGAUGAAGGGCCGGUAUUGGCGGUGUCUUUCCAGUCUCAGCAAAUCAUGUGUCUUCGUAACAGCAAAGGGGAGGUUGUUGAAGGUGACCCAAGUAAAGUAUUGAGAGUUCAGUACGUGUGGGUGUUAUGUCGGGACCAAACAGAACUUGAUUCUCGUGCUGCGUGGAGAAUACUUGAUCUAUCAGCUCAAAGUACAGAACAGUUUGUAUAAUAAUAGAAUUAAAGCACAUAAUAAUU